UACGGUAACUCGGCAGCGUUUUACUCUCGAACCAUGUUAGUGCCAACCACUUGCAGCAACAGGGAGGUAUCAAAAUAAUACCUCUGCCACACUCUAUUACGGGCUAUUAUCUAAUUUACAGAUUUAAAUCAUUGCAAUGGAAAAGGACAAAGCACGACUUCUUGCCGACAAUGGAGUGUAUGCCUACGAAAUGCUCCCUGUUACAGAUGUGACUGUAGUGAGAAUAAAGCCAAGGAACUUCCUGGGAAUGGCUAUCUAUGUGACACUCUGCUGCUGUUUGCCUUGUGGAGUCAUCGGACUUGUUUACAGUAUUGAUAGUUCAAGUAGGUUUGACCGUGGAGAUUAUGCCGGAGCUGUGUCUGCCGCUAGCAAAGCAAAAGAAUGGUCGAUUCGUGGUUUGGUGUUUGGCAUCAUGUCUAUUGUCCUUAUCACUGCCUGUUUAAUUUUAAUGUCCAUUUGGAUUUGGUACAUUUAUUCUCUGGAAUGUGAUGAAGAACUGUCCUAUUAUACGCUCCCUUAUGAUCUCGAUUAGCAUGCGACAACAAUUAUACCCGUAAGCUAGAUACAACACUCUAAUGAAGUCUAAAGACUUUAAAAUAAUGUUAAACAUUGACAAUUACACUAUUUGCAUAUUGUAAGGAAUUAAAGAUGCCUUCGGCCUGCGUAUAAUAAUUUAAUAUUUUUCUGUGAUUUAGUCUUAAGUUUAUCUUACCCCGUAGACCUAGAUACAACACUCUAAGUUUAAAGACUCUAAAAUUGUACUAUUAAACAUAAUGAAGAAGCGAGCGAGAAUUCUUAAAUUAAAAUGCAGAAUUUGCAUAUUGUAAGAAAUUGAACAUGUCUUAGGCUUACGUAUAUUUAUAUACAAAAUUUAAUAGUAAUAAUAUUCUAUAUUAUAAUCAGUUUGUAUGAUUUAGUAGAAAAGUCCAUGGCCUUCGUCGAAAGGUUUUUUGGUCUAUACGACUGAUAGAAUCCGAUUUAUUUUAAAAACUUCAAAUUAAAUUAUUAACAGUAUCAAUCGAUA